CUCCCGGAAGCGGCAAGCGACGGACAGCGCUAAGGGCCAGAAAGCCGGUGGGCAGCAGGGUGUGCCGUACCGUGGAGCUACGAUGGAGGACGAUGCGCCUGUGAUUUACGGGCUGGAGUUCCAGGCACGAGCUUUAACACCUCAGACAGCAGAAACAGAUGCAAUAAGAUUUUUGGUUGGAACACAGUCUCUUAGAUAUGAUAAUCAGAUUCACAUCAUAGACUUUGAUGAUGAAAAUAACAUUAUAAACAAAAACGUUCUCCUUCAUCAAGUGGGUGAAAUUUGGCACAUUAGUACCAGUCCUGCAGAUAAAGGUGUACUAGCAACCUGCUACAAUAAAACUUCAGACAGUAAAGUCAUGACAUGUGCUGCUGUUUGGAGGAUGCCGAAGGAAUUGGAAUCAGGCAGUCAUGAAUCCCCUGAUGAUUCAUCAAGCAACACUCAAACCCUGGAGCUACUCUGUCACCUUGACAACACAGCCCAUGGCAAUAUGGCCUGUGUUAUGUGGGAACCAAUGGGAGACGGUAAAAAGGUGAUUUCUCUGGCUGAUAAUAACAUAUUAUUGUGGGAUUUGCAGGAAAGUUCAGCCAAAGCUGUGCUCUCUAGUUCUGCAGCUUUGGAAGGGAAAGGACAACUAAAAUUUACUUCUGGAAGAUGGAGUCCACACCACAAUUGCACACAGAUUGCAACAGCCAAUGACACCACUGUUCGAGGAUGGGAUACACGAAGCAUGAGACAGAUAUAUUGCAUAGAAAAUGCACAUGGACAGCUGGUACGAGACCUAGACUUUAAUCCCAAUAAACAGUACUACCUGGCUAGCUGCGGAGAUGACUGCAAGGUGAAAUUCUGGGACACAAGAAAUGUCACUGAACCUGUGAAGACACUAGAGGAGCAUUCCCACUGGGUAUGGAAUGUCAGAUACAAUCAUUCUCAUGAUCAGCUGAUCCUUACAGGAAGCAGUGAUAGCAGAGUUAUCCUGUCUAAUAUGGUAUCAAUUUCUUCUGAACCAUUUGGGCAUAUGGUAGAUGAUGAUGAGCUAAGUGAUCAAGAGGACCAGCAUCAAGAAGAGAAGAUUAAAGAGCCCCUUCAGGACAGUGUAAUAGCCACCUAUGAAGAGCAUGAAGAUAGUGUAUAUGCAGUUGAAUGGUCCUCAGCAGACCCGUGGCUAUUUGCCUCUUUAAGUUAUGAUGGGAGACUUGUCAUUAACAGGGUUCCCAGAGCUCUUAAAUAUCACAUACUGUUAUGACUUGUUUGAAUCGUGGUGGAGUUGUUAUCUUGGUGUACACAAUUGGUAGGUAUUGUUUAGGGGUUGGGGUUUGUUUUGGUUUCUUUUUCAGGAUCUGUUUUACUAAGUAUAAAUGAUGAAAUUUUGUUAAUAUAUGUGCUAAUGUAGACACUUUUGUCUUCUGUAUUUCCCUUGGAAACUAUGAUGCAUUUUCUGAGGGCUAUUCUAGUUAGAUGUUUUGUUGAGGUUUUGGGUUUGUUUUGUUUUAGGGGGUAAUCACUUUGUCAGCUACAAAGUUUCUGGAGAUAAUGGGUACUUCCCAUGCUAUCACUGUAUUACUUCAGCUUUAUGCAAAUAUAGUGGAUUACAGAGAUAUUAUGCUGAUUUAAAACUGGAACAAUGUAGGGUGCAUGUAGCAGAAGUGAUCUACUCAUUUACAAGAAUAUUUUAUCUUUCUGAUAUAUGCAGCUUUCUGCUCUUAGCUAGGGCCACAUUCUGCUAAUGAUUCUGGUCAUUCUUCAGUGUUUAUAAAUACAGUUUGGAAUGGUCUUUUAAGGCUUUCUUAAUUCAGUCUAAUAUUUUAGACACUUUUUCUACCAUUUUGCAUAUCCUAAAAA